GGCACUUGGGUGUUUGGGGCCGGUUUGAGACCGGAAGUACGUGGGUUACUGGGCUGGCUCUGCUUAGGGUUUUCAGGAAACAUGGAAGAGACUGCGGGAGUUGGAGCUGAAAGACUCUAGUGAUCUCUGGGCGCCCUUUGAGAGGAAAGGGGAGGUAACUAACAGGAUGCCACUGGAAUCGUCAUCUUCGUCAAUGCCGCCAUCCUUCCCUUCUGUAUUACCUUCGGUGCCAGAUGACAUUACCGGCUCGUCCCCUCCUCCAAUGUCUUACAUCACGUCCCAGGAGAUGAAGUGUAUUCUUCACUGGUUUGCCAGUUGGUCGGGUCCCCAGCGGGAACGUUUUCUACAAGACCUGGUAGCUAAGGCAGUGCCUGGAAAGCUGCAGCCUCUGCUGGAUGGUCUGGAGCAGCUUAGUGUGUCUGGGGCAAACCGGCCACCUUGUAUCUUUGAGUGUCAGCUACGGCUUUGGGAUCAGUGGUUUCGAGGUUGGGCUGACCAGGAGCGCAAUGAAUUUGUCAGACAGCUGGAGGUCAGUGAGCCAGAUUUUGUGGCAAAGUUUUACCAAGAAGUAGCUGCCACUGCCGGUAAAGACUGAUAGCCAGUCAGAUCAAGAACAUAACUAUGUCUGAUCAAGCCAAAGACCAUGACUAUAGUGACAACUGAGUGCAAGUAUGUCACUUAGAGAUUUGCCUGACUGCUGGGGUAGUGGUGUGCCCUUUUCUCCAGCACCAGGAGGCAGAGAGCCUAGCCCAUGUAUCAAGUUCCAGGACAGCCAGUGCUACAAAGAGACCCUGCCUCUGGGGAAGAACAUUGUGUGAACUUCAUGAUGAAUGCCAGCACUGUUUUUACCUUAGCGCUGCCACCUGGACUUUGUAACUGUCAUCCAUUAAGACAAAUCUGGUUAUGGCACGUACCUGCUUUAGCA